AGCGUCUUUUAGAGGCAGCUAGCUGUCGUAGCAGCAGUGUCCGCAGAGUAGCGAUGCUUCGCCUUCUUGUGCUCAGCUUGAUCGGCGCCGCAGCCGCUGGUGGAUGCCAGCAAUGCAAGAAGGGAAAGGAUGAGGAUUGCUAUGAAGGCGGUUCCUGCUUCUCUGCUGGCAGUCAGCAGCAAUGUUUGGACACGGGAGGUGAGUACUGUGUGACGGAAUUCAGCUGCGAAGACUGCUUGGCCAAAGAGAUGGAUUGCUUUCACAAGAACUGGGCUUUGCCGUGCUAUGCGGUGGGCUGGGAAGAAGGUUGCACCAAGCUGGGUUCCCAGUGGUGCGGUGCCGCUUCAGCUUUGGAAUCUGCGGACGCCGUUGAGCCCUUCAUGGAUGGGGAUGCCGUAGAUGCCGGCACCGAGCUCGGUGAGGUUCUGCAGUGGUCCCUGGUGUCCGUGGCGGCGCUCGCGCUGGUAGCGGCGUGUGUCGCCGUAGGUUUCUGUCUGAAGCCAAAGUCAUCGUGGACCUUUGCCGCACCCAUCGAUGUCCCCACGGAGAGAGCGUUGAAGCGACUGGACACGAAACUGAGCAGCCGCGGCCAGAGUGCCUGUGCUGCUUGUGCUUGCUGUUCUUGUCAGUCAGCGAAGCAGCAGAAGGAGCGCUUGCUGGCGCAGGCUGCCAUGAAGGCUGCUGGGGGACCCGAAUUUUGGAGCCUCACCGUGGCGCACCUCUCGAAAUUUUUGAGCGACCAUCAGUACGCGUUGGUGAAGUAUUGUGAGAAACACGCUUUUACGAUGGAUGAGGGGCGGCCAAAGCACCUGUGCUUUGAUGAGGACUGCUCGAUGGAUCAUGGAGAUAUGCCUUAUGCCUACAGUGACGGGCGGGAGCUCGAUCCGUUGAUCUCCAACAUGCACGUGGUGGUAAGCUUUUUGAUCAAGCCCCUCACCAAAGAGCGAGCCCGGAAGAAGGGGCACGAUGCCAAGGGAACCCUUGGAAUGUGGGCUUUCCUCACAGAAGGCCGCAUUCAACGCGCGCGAACUUUUGUGUCACACUGCUGGAACGAGAAGUUCCAGGACUUUGUGGACACGUUGGAAAGCCUUGGGCCCAAGGAAGACGUUUGGAUUUGCAGCUUCGCAUUGCCGCAGAAUAUCAACAUCGGUGAGGUGUUGGGCAACAAACCGAGUUGCUCUCCAUUUGCUCGUGCCUUGAAUCAAGCAGAGCAAGUCUUGUUGGCUGUGGACAAGACCAUCGAACCUCCCACGCGCUCCUGGUGCUGUUUUGAGCUCUACUUGGCGUGCAAGCAGCAGAAGACGAUUCGCAUUGAAGUGCCGCGACAAGAGACUCCACAAAAGAUCAAGGAGUUGAAGAAGAGUAUCAAAGACGCCAUGGAGAAAGUGGAUAUCAGCAUGUGCAGCGCCAGCAACGCGGGCGAUCAUGAAAGGAUCAUGGCAGAGAUCGGUUCCUCCACAGGAGAUGUGAAUAGCCGUCUGGCGGAGAAAGCGGCCGUUGAGUAUCUGAGUGCCUGUCGUUUGCUAGAUGCUGGCACUGGAGGCACUCGAUCAAGCUCUUCCCUGCCUUCCCUGCCUGACGCUGUCUAGACCGCGUGCGGACUUUGUCAAAAUGAGGUGGCGUGGCAGCCGACAAGGGCUGAGCAACGGAC